CAGCUGGGUGGAGCCGGGAACAGGAAUGUACCUAAAGUAACACUUCAUAGACUGUACAGGUACAGACGAAGCUCGCCAUUAAUUUUUAACAAUAACCAACGGACCUCGGCGGAGGGUGUUGCUGAUGUGGUUGCAGGGUGAUGGACCUGUCAAAGCGAGUGUCAUUGUGGUCGGUGGAAGAAGUGUUGGAGUGGGUGCAGGAACAGUAUCCAACUCAAAUGGGCGUACUCCAUAAAUCCAUAAUUAAACACGCUAUAUCAGGCCGUGCAUUGCUGAGAUUAAAGGAGCAUCACCUGGAGCUUCUCGGGGUGGAAGCUGAGGAGCAGCAGCAGGAAAUCUUGCAGGACCUCCUCCUCCUCAGAGUUCAAGAAGAAAUCGAUGAACUCACUGACAUCUGCUCUGAAUGUUUUUCUCCGUAACGGUUAAAUAAAUAUCUUCAGAAGAAACACCACAUACUUUUUGUUUUCCAUCUAUUCAUCCAUCCAUGUGAAAGAGGGAGGAAGGUGGGAGUGAUGGAAAUCAUAAGAGAAGGUGAAAAGAAAAAAGAAUCAAUGAGGAAUGAAGAGAGGAAGAAACCCAUUUCCUGUGUGAAAUCCGACCUGUGCAGAUGGAUGAGCUUUGUUUUUUUUCUGAGUGUCUUUUUCUGAUCCCUACUCUCCAUUAGUCUCUGUCUUUUUUUUUUCUUUCUCUAGAGCAGGUUUCCAUCCAACUUUUGCAGAAUGCAUUUUUAUACAAGUUAUUAUGCACUGACAGUCAUUUAUUACUAACAAUAACACCCUGCAUUGCAUUGUUAAUAGCAGAUGAUGCUUUCUCUCCAUCUAAAUUGCACUUGAUUUACACAUCUCAAAAUAUCAGGCCAAUUAAGUGUCAGAAUAGACGUAGUUAUGUCAAGUGGAUGAAACCUACUAAUUAAACUAAGUCAAGCCCAAAUCAAAAAUUAAAUUGUGAGCAUGUGAUUGUUUGUUAAUGGAUUUGAAACAAGGCCUGAAAACAACCACAAGGUUGUAAAUGUAGUAUAUUGUGGAUUUGUGUCUGUUACUGUUUUCUACUUAUUUGUAGACUUUCAUUACAGUUGUUAUAAUUUAAACCUGUAAUAACUGAUUUUUUAGCCACUCAGGGGCAGCAGAAAAACAAAACUGUGAACACAAGACUGACAUAUCAUCAAUCAUUUCCCUUGACAAAUAUUCUUUCUCCUUUUGGCUUUGCUUUUGGUCUCCACCAACUCCUGUAGGAAAUAUUUAGCUCAGGGCUUACAGGAACUCUACAGUGUGUGAAAAUGUGUAUGAGUUCCACUUUUACAUAUAAGCAAUGAUCCAUUGUUAAUUUGAAAAUAUUGAUUAUAGCUGCUUUAACUCAUAGAAGAACAGGGAAAUUACUGUAGAGAGAAAAAUAGUCGAUGAAUCAAUUCAAAAGUCAGAGUAGCUGGUUUUCCAUUUAAACAUUUCAGAUUAGAAAGCCUCUUAACUCUUAACAGUAAAACUUCUUGUACUGUUUGCUUUUGUCCCACACAGGCUGACUGAAACUGAUCUAGCUGUUGGUUUGAACCGCGUGUUUUGACUUGAAAUGUCUUUAUUUUAUAUUUUUGACUGAUAAACUACAAACAAUGCAUUGUUUUUCCAACAUUACAGAAUAUAAGAGUUACAGCUAAACUGCACAAUUUGUCUGGAUUUGAUGUUAUUUUCUUCUUGAUAUAUACUGGCUGUCUGUGAUUAAGGUGAAUUCUAAAUUAAAUGUCUACAGCUGGUUCUCAGAAAGAUUUAUAACUUGUGAAUAUCCUUAAUUCAAGUGGUCUUAAAACUUUCAGAGGCGUUAUUAUAUGACAAGUAUGUAUGUAUAUCACAUGUAUUAUGUAAAAGGUCACAUCUGUUUCUGAGCAUUUUUUCAUUGCACUACAUGCACUACAGUAUGCUUGUUUGAAUUAAAAGUGUGCUUUGGCAACACC